AUGACCUUUGGCGAAUCGCUUCUUGAUGUCGUUCGGGACGCCCCCUUGGGACAGCUCGUGCGCUUUUUCACCAACAAUCGCCUUCUCCAAUACCCCGAAGAACGGCCGGACUUCAAGCUUCCUGAGCCAUGGAUCCGUAUGCUCAGCGGCGCAGAGCUCGAAAGGACACCUCGGCCUGAGCUAGCCACGCCCUCAACCAUAUCUGACUUGAACCACAAGCAAGAGGUGAUAGGGGAGAAGCACGACGUCAGCAACGAUCUCGAGAGCAAGGAAAUUCCUGCUACCUGUUUGACGCCAAAAGUUACCAAAGACGGUAGUAUUCUAGUUGAUUGGUACAACGAACAAGAUACCGCCAACCCGCACAGUUGGUCUAACCUGCGCCGUGCGCUCCUCGCCUUGCUUAUAUGCCUCUAUACAUUUGUGGUUUACCUGAGCUCAGCUAUCUACUCAUCAUCAACCCAAGGCGUCAUGGAGAAGUUUGGCGUGAGCAAUCUCAAGGCAACUCUAGGUCUCGCCAUGUACGUACUAGGUUAUGGCAUUGGUCCAUUGCUUUUUUCACCACUCAGCGAGAUUCCCCGAAUCGGGCGUAACCCUAUCUAUAUCAUCACCUUCGGCAUAUUUGUUAUCAUCUCUAUCCCAACAGCCCUGGUUAAUAAUUUCCCCGGCCUUAUUGUCUUGCGCUUCUUGCAGGGGUUUUUCGGGUCACCUUGCCUAGCAGCAGGUGGUGCUUCAAUGAGUGAUAUGUAUAGCAUGAUAAACUUGCCCUUUGCAAUGAUUGCCUGGGUUGGUGCCAUGUCAUGCGGGCCUUCUCUCGGACCACUGCUUAGUGGAUUCGCCGUGCCAGCGGAAAACUGGCGUUGGUCACUAUACGAGUCUAUCUGGGCAUCGGCACCAGUGCUUGUUGCCCUCUUUAUCUUUAUGCCCGAAACGAGCGGCCCUAAUAUCCUUUUACGCCGCGCCCAACGCCUACGCAAGCUUACCGGUAGCCAGAAGUUAAUGUCCCAGAGCGAGAUUGACCAAAGUCACAUGAAAGUCUCAGGUGUUGCUAUAGAUGCCUUGAUCAAGCCGUUAGAAAUCACUAUAAAAGACCCAGCCGUUAUGUUCGUGCAGGUAUACUCGGCUAUUGUCUACGGCAUCUACUAUUCCUACUUUGAAGUGUUUCCACUUGUCUAUCCCGUUUACUACGGUAUGAACCUCGGUGAAGUUGGUCUCGUCUUUAUCUGCAUCGCCGUUGGGUGUAUUUUCGCCAUUGUCGGUUAUGGCUCAUUGCUGUACUUUGUGAUCACACCACGGAUUAAGAAGAUCGGCAUGGGCCCACAAGAGAACGUUCUGUUACCUGGUUUACCUACAUCCUUUGGUCCUACCCUUGGCCUGUUUAUGUUUGCCUGGACAGCCAGGGCUUCUAUUCACUGGAUCGUGCCAACCAUUGGCGUCACGAUCUACGCUGGCUCAACAUUCACCCUGCUGCAGUGUAUGUUCCUCUAUAUUCCACUCAGUUACCCUCAGUAUGCUGCCUCCCUAUUCGCUGCAAACGACUUCUUCCGCAGUGCUCUGGCCAGCGGCAGCAUUCUUUUUGCGCAUCCGCUAUAUCAUAAUCUUGGGUUUGCUAGAGGCACGAGUCUUCUCGGUGGCUUGAGCGUUAUUGGUAUCAUAGGGAUGUUCCUGCUGUACUUCUAUGGUGCCAAACUCCGAGCUCUCAGCAGGUUCGCAACCUACACGGCGGAUUAA